AGAAUGUUCUUCUAGACACUUGGACCAGACUGAAGAACUGCUUGGGAGAUAAAGCAGCUUUUCAAAACAUUUCAAGCAAGACGGUAUACCAAGACUAUCAAGACUAACUCCAGCUUCUCCUCCCAAUUGAGAGCUUUAAAAUUUUUACAAGAACAUGGCUGGAUUUGCACUAACAGAUGAUCCUUUCAUAGGGGUUAAGGGAUUCAUUUAUACUUCAGGGAAAAAAAUGACGGUUAGCAAUUUCCAGAAAGAUCUUCUUGUUGCACACCCAGAAGAGGGCACUGCCAUUUUCGAAUCAGAUGUAGAUGCUGGAGCGGAACAAGCAACAUUCUACCUGGAGACAUACAAGGAGAUUGGUGAUGGAAAUAGCAUUCCAGUGGCCAUCAGCUGCCAAAUAGGCAGUACAAAUUACCUUCUGUGCAUAGAAAGUAAUUCAGUUAUUCUUAAGGAAACUGAAUUGCCAGAAGAAAUCCCAGAAGAGGCCAGUGAAUAUAUCUUCUACAAACGAGAUUGUGAUGACGAAAAUGUAACUUUUGAGUCAUCAGUGGAGAGAGGAUUUUGCCUUGGAUGCAGUGAAGAUGACCAGUGUCUGGUGCUAAAGCCUUAUCUUGAAGAUGAAUUUGAUGCAUCUAAAGCAUUCCUCUUGAAAUAUUCUUUACAAGAAAGUUUCAAGAUAAAUACUGGGAAAAAACAUCCAUAUAAUUUCCAGAAUAUCCAUGAAGACUUGCUUGUUGCUCACCCAAAAGAGUCCGCUGUCACUUUUGAUUCAGUUGGAGAUGUAAAAGCUGAAAAUACAACCUUUUAUAUGAAUGUAUACUCCGAGCUGGGUCCUAAUGAGGGAUUGCCAGUGACUAUCAGCUGCAAAGUAGACGAUAAGAAUUACUUUCUGUGUGUAGACAGCGAUUCCGUUAUUCUUAAGGAGGGUGAACUGCCAGAAGUUAUACCAGCGAACACCAGUGAAUUAAUUUUCUACGCGAAAGCUUUUGCUAAUGGGACAUCAUCUCUCCGGUUUGAGUCAUCUUCUGUAAAGGAUUUUUGCAUUGCCUGGAAUAGCACAGACUCUAAAGUAAUACUAAAGCAGUAUUCUGAAAAUAACCUUGAUGAAACCAUAAAGAUGUGUCUUACAGAAAGGGACUAAACCAACAAAACGGAUUGACUCCUCCUUUGUGAUUGAUUCCAAAACAUUAAAAUCAUUCCUUGUUUCACAGAGAUAUGACCUUGCUUUGCAUUGUUAUUAGAGAUGAGCGAAUUUUUCAAAAGUUCGAUCCGGCUGAUUUGUCAA